ACUAUGUCAACGUUGUAAUGGCGAUUAUAAGAGAUUUAAAUAACAGUGAGUAGUAUUAACUUCUGUGAUUAUUAUUUAUGUAAAUUAUAUAAAGUCGUGUGGUAUAACUUUCUAAUAAAUGAAGUAGGAAGCCAUUGUUCUAAUAAAUGAGAACAUCGUAAACUACGUGGGAACAAUCGCAUUUUUCUGUGCUAUUUCAUGUACAAUAAUAAUGCUAAGAUUUCGUGGAUUCCGAGCUUCACUUAAUUUCACUUCCGGAAAGGGAAGCGGUAUCGAUUACCACUAUGACACAUCCCCCGGCGUGUCACUCAACGGCGCCUACAGAAGUAAUAAAGAUGAACUCAUUGAUAAUUUUACAAAUCCAGAACCUCCGAAACGAAUCACACCAUCCAUGGUCAAAUUACCACAGUCGCAAUCAGGUCCGGCAAUAAAACCAUCCAAAAGCACCAGUAACCUCCUAAGACCUCCUAAUGUAUCAGCGAACGUAAGAAAUAGUUCAUCAGAUAUACCUCAAACAAGUAAUAACAACACACAACUAACAAAAAGUCAAAUAAAAGAACAACAAAAGUUAGAAAAGCGGCGUCUAGCCGAGCAGAAAAAGCGGGACAAAUUAGCUGCUAAGGAACAACAAAAAAUGGAAAAAUUGCGAAAAGAAAGAGAGAAACAAGAACAAAAAGCAAGAGCAGCACAGCAAAAUAGUAAAGUAAAAAAGCGGUCCGCCCCUCAGCCACAAAUUGCAGUACCUCCUAAUCCUCCUAUACCUCCUAAUCCUCCAGCACCUCCUAAUCCACCAGUACCCCCUCCAGUCCCAUCGCACCCGCAAAUACUAGCAACGUAUUCGACUAACACGCUUGAAAGUUCUAUAAGCAGAAGUAGUGGACCACCUCCAUAUACCGCUGAAGUUACAUCGAUUCAACGCCAUAAUAAAGGGGACAUCAAUUUUUCGAAACCAGUGCAAGAUUCGGGAAGUUGGGACAUGAUAUCUCAGCAUCGGCAGCAGUUGAACCGACCGACAGGCGUUAGCAAAAGUAUGCCCAAACAAACGCAUUUAGACUUACAUUACAAUGCUGGUACUUCAAAGACCACUCAAGAAAAUAGCGACGCCUAGGUCUACUACAAUCGUACACUUAGUGGUCGAUUAGUUCAUUCAGUUCACUUCGCGUAUGCGUGUAUACGUGUUAACGAUAAGAUCGUCGAUAUCGAUUCGAUAUAAAAAAAUA